CUGUGGGGCAAGAUGCAAAGCACAACUAUAGUUAAGUAAAAUAUGGAUCUUGGCCCGCUAGGGGUGUUCUUCUCAUAAAGAGAACCUAAGUCAAUACAUUCCGUACCUGAGGGUAAUUGACUUGUUAUAAAUAGUGGGAGAGUAUUUAAUGAAUACCUAUUAGAUAAUUAAUUCAUGAUAAUAACUAUCUUCGCAAAAUUCUGUAGAUGGAAAACAACAACACAAACAACCUAUCCCUGCGUUCCAUUCUAGAAAAGGAUAAAUUGAACGGAACAAACUUUGUUGACUGGAAAUACAAUCUCUCCAUUGCUCUACACAUCGAUGAGAAAGAGUAUGUGCUCGAAAAGCCCAUUCCUCCUACCCCUCUCGCUAACGCCCCGAAAGUGGUUAAAGAUGCUUAUGAGAAAUACGUUAAGGAUGAAAACCAAGUUAGCUGUGUGAUGCUGGCAACCAUGACAGCCGAGCUGCAAAAACAACAUGACUACAUGAAGGCCCACGACAUGACCAUGGCCUUGCGGGAACCAGUCGGUCCACAUGUUCUCAAAAGGAUUGGUUACAUAACCAAUAUGGAGAAACUCGGGUUCACCUUGCAAAAGGAGCUGGCAACAGACCUGAUCCUACAGUCGCUCUCUAAGCUGUACAAGGAGGAAAACCUUACUAAGGGCAAGAGUGCUUCCGUCCUUAUGGUCCAAGGCGGAAAGGGGAAGCCGAAGAAGGGGAUCAAGAUUAAGGCUAGGACCAUCGGGAAGCCUAAAUUGAAGUCCACUUCAUUUGCAACCCAGAAACCCGUAGGAGGAUUGCAAAGAGCAAAUGUCAUUACUGUGUGUGAUAAGUGUUUCCUCAUGGGAUACCCCAAGGAAAUUCAAGGGUAUUCAUUCUAUCACCCUAUCCAUAAGAAGGUAUUUGUUGCUCGCAAUGGUGUCUUCAUCGAGAAGGAAUUUCUAUCCAACGCAACUAGUGGGAGAAAGAUAGAGCUCGAAGAAAUUCGAGACAACGAAGAAACUAACGCACCGGUUCAGGAACAUGAGCUAGAGGAACAAACCAUUGUACUUCAAAAUGCUCAAGAUACACAAGAACCCCGUAGGUCUAACCGGUUACGCACACAUUAUGAAAGGUAUGGAUUCAUCCUAACCUUUGAGGGUGACGUAAUGCUGAUCGACCAGGAUGAGCCAAAGACCUACCUCGAGGCAAUCAGUUGUCCUGAGGCUGAGGAAUGGCGUCAAGCCAUGCAGUCCGAAAUGGAUUCCAUUAAAGCAGAGUACAUCGUUGCAGCUGAUGAAGCCAAAGAGUGUGGCUCAAGAAUUAUGUUACUGAGCUUGGAGUGGUUACUAGCUAGCAUCAAGAACCCCAUACCGUUGUUUUGCAACAACAAUGGGGCAAUUGCAGAAGCGAAAGAGCCUUGGUCUCACUGUAAAGAUGACAACAUAGCGGAUCCGUUGACGAAGGCUUUGGGAAAGCCUAAACAGGAGAGUCAUACGUGGUCCAUGGGAGUUCGAGAAAUGCUUGAUUGGCCUUAGGGCAAGUGGGCGAUUGUUGUAUUUAGGUGCCCUAGCGGCAAUAAAAUACCUAUGUAACAGUACACUUUAUCAUGAAUGAAAGACCUUGAAGUAUAUAAAAUAAUAUCCUUACAUCGAUUUCUACCUAAAUUCUACGCUAGUUUAGUGUUUCGACUUCAUUCUUGAGAACCGAAUCUUAAUGGAUUCUUGUUGUACCUGAAACACUUAAACAAACGUCAAGCUCUUAUAUUGUUUGUUAACAUCAAAACAUGAGGCUUAGCAAACCAAGGCUAACAUAUUC